AUAUAGUACCUGCAGUGGCUGGCAGAUACCAUGAAUGGCUACUACUUGGCCCCAGACAUGGUGGCUCAGAUUCUGGGGAUCCUCAUGGACUACAUCGCAGUUGUGUGCACCAAUGAGAUGCUGCAGAAACCGAGCAUAUGCACGGACCUGCGAGGGCUGCAGAUCAGUUUUAAUCUUCAGGCGUUGAGCUCCUGGUGGCGAGACCAGCCCGGACAAGGCAAAGCUCAGCUGUUGACGCUCACUCAGGCAGCGAGGCUACUCACCAUGCCCAAGAGCACUGUGGAGGACAUACAGCUCAUCUGCGACCAAGCACGUGCACUCAACGUGAGUCGGUUGCAGCGGCUGCUGCAUAUGUACCGUGAUCCAGAGGGAAACCCCAUACCCGCGAGCAUACUACAGGCGGGACUAGAACAGCGAUGGCUGCACGAGCAGCGGAGAGUGGAAGAACCUCCGCCGUUGAUGUUACAGCCCAAACCUCCCGGACUGACGGUGUCGUAUACUGCAAAAGAUAUCAAAUUGGAAGAUCUGGUGGUUCCCAGUUUCCUGCGCGUCCCCUUCCUUGUGAAAGUAUGAGCGUUAAGCCAUUCCUUUUGAAAGUAUGAACGUUUUGAAGUUCAAGUGAUAAAAACUGCCACUUUACAGUUAGUCGCCAGCUGUACCGCAACGCCCAUGCUCUGAGGGGUACACUAUGUACACCCGCUACGUCCAGUACCACACUCGAGUUGGCCAUCCUGCUAUCCUUCGUCGCGUGCGUGUAAUGGUUGACCAAGAAGCCAACCAAUCUGUGCCGGCUGCACGGUUGCGGGUGCAUGGGGCAUUGUGGAAGUGUGGUGAUGACACUAUACGAGUGUGUAGUAAGAGUGUGUGGGCAGAGUGUGGUGAUGAGACGAUGAGUGCGUGUGGUCUCUCAGAGUGAUACCGUUAAGAGUGCCGUUAUACACUGAGUGUCCGGAGAUGAGAGUUCAUCAUCCAUUCACCAUACACCGCCCAGGACAGUAACAGUAACAGCGACACCACAAGCAAGUGUCAGGGCUGCGGAGGUUCGUUUUGGCGCGGUGUCAGUAGUAGUCGACGGCCGGAAACCUCUACAAAGCGUGCACGAUACAACUCUAGGGUCUGGCCACCAUAUGGUAAUACAGACCAAAUAAUCUCCCCGGUACAGUACGGUAACUGGGAGGUAAUGAGAAUAUUCAGAAUGAGUUCCAUAGGAGCAAGUGCGUCCUUGUCAGAUAAACAUAAGGCCGAGAAUGCACGCACAGCCACUGCUAGUGGCCAGUACGACACACUGGGGUUGGAGAGUAGCCCCAAAGUCUUUCAGGCGGAGAUGAAUGUCUACGGAGCACAAAUAUAGAGAUGCCAUGUCGACAGUUGUGAGCAAUAGUAUUGUGUAUUGUCUAGGUUGCCAUCUCAGUCUCGGUAUCUAGAAGAGAACCUUGAUGACGUAUGCGACACCUUGAUGAGAUGUAUGACACUGGCACUGUAGUGUUCUGUACGACUAUGUAGUGUUCUGUACGACACCGCAUACUAAGUACGGAUGUCCAGGCACGCCAGUAUGUUUGAUACGUCGGAAAAGAGUCUGGUGCGUUGCCUGCAGCAGAUUAAAAGAGGUGUGCUACCCAAAUAAUGGUCAUCAACGCUGGCGCAUGUUCAUCGGAACACUUCAUUUUAAUUACCAGUAUAGGCUAAAGCUUAAAUCCGCACCGAAACAUAGAAUUUCACUUCGGCGAUAAUAAAAGUAUAUCAAAUGAUAGUCAUAG